AUGCCCGCCUUCCGCCCCUCUCCGGCAGCUCUGCGAAGCUUGCGCCGCUGCUACUCCACUUCACCAGCUACUCCUCCCACAUCGCCCUUUGCGCCCCGACAUCUUCUCUCCAUAGCAGACCUCACACCUGCUGAGCUCACCACACUCGUCCAAAAUGCACACAAACACAAGACCGCCAUCAAGCAGACCAACGAGGUGCCGCAUUCAAUGCGCGCAGCGUUGGCGGGCAGGACUGUGGCCAUGACGUUUAGCAAGCGGAGCACACGCACGAGGGUAUCAACAGAGGGUGCCAUUGCUGCCUGGGGAGGUUCGCCCAUGUUUUUGGGAAAAGACGACAUACAACUUGGUGUCAAUGAGUCUCUCUACGACACCUCCAUCGUCCUCUCCAGCAUGACGGCUGCCAUCGUCGCCCGUGUAGGCCCUCACUCCGACGUUGCCGACCUCGCAAGGCACUCGAGCGUCCCCGUCAUCAACGCUCUCUGCGACCUCUACCACCCCCUCCAGACCAUCGCCGACCUGCUCACCAUCUGCGAAAUCUACCCCUCCGCCUCGUCCACCUCGCUCGGCCUCGAGGGCCUCAAGAUCGCAUGGAUCGGAGAUGCAAACAACGUGCUAUUUGACCUAGCCAUUGGCGCAGCCAAACUAGGCAUCGACAUGGCCGUCGCGACCCCCGUAGGCUACGAGAUCCCCAAGGCCAUGCGCGAAGUCAUUUCCCAUGCUGCCCAGACAUCGCCGCGAGCCGGCAAGCUCAUCGAGACCAAUUCGCCUGAAGAAGCGUGCAAGAACGCCGAUAUCCUUGUUACAGAUACGUGGGUUUCCAUGGGCCAGGAAGAGGAGACGGCGAAGCGCCUCAAGGCCUUUGAGGGCUUCCAGAUCACAUCUGAGAUGGCCAAGCGCGGUGGCGCAAAGGACAACUGGAGCUUCAUGCACUGCUUGCCCCGUCACCCAGAGGAGGUUGCUGACGAGGUCUUCUACGGUCCCAGGAGUGUCGUGUUCAGGGAGGCGGAGAACAGGCUGUGGUCUGCCAUUUCCGUCUUGGAGGCCUUUGUCGUGAACAAGGGAAAGAUCCAGUGA